AUGGCUCCUUGGGAGGAGUAUUUAAAGACUAUCUACUACGAUCCGUCACAUGCUGCCAGUUUUGCGGGAACUCAAAAACUGUUCAAAGUGUUGCAACGAGAAGGCAAAUACAAACUUGGAAUGCACAGAAUUCGGAAAUUUUUGCAUGACCAAGAAUCGUACAGUCUUCACAAACCCGUGCGACGGCGCUUUCAACGAAAUCAUGUUAUUAGCGCGGGAAAAGACGAUGUGUGGAUGGCCGAUCUCAUCGAUAUGGUCAAGUUUGAAAAAUGGAACGACGCCUACAAGUACAUUUUGCUGGUGAUUGACACAUUCUCCAAGUACGUGUGGUUACGCCCUUUACGACGGAAAACGGGUCGGGAAGUCGCAGAUGCAUUUGCAGACAUAUUUGAACAGUCUGGUCGAGAUCCAGCAAAACAAAUUACGGAUAAAGGACAAGAGUUUAAAGCAAAACUUGUUCAGGACCACAUGCGCAAGUUCGACGUGCAUUACUUUCCAACACAGAACGAAACCAAGGCUUCUACGUCGGAGCGAGCUAUUUUGACCAUCAAACAGAAACUGCACCGCUACUUUACUGACAAAGACAAUUACAAUUAUCUUCCCGUAUUGCAAGACAUCGCCGAUAGUUACAACAAUACCUAUCAUAGAACCAUUACUAUGCGACCCGCCGACGUCAAAAACAAUAACAGGAAGAAGUGA